AUGCGAAAAUGGCACGCGACGGAGAAAAGUUCCUACGAAAGCAUACAACGGAAGGGCUACAGGCUGGGAUGUACGAAGGCCGCAUUAAAGUCAAUGGUAAAGUCUUCUGAUAGCAUGCGAGUGUCCGAACCGCCGCCAGGCACCAUAAUGCAAACAUUGCAAGACUGCCACGAGUCCCUUGGAAAUCCUCGCAACAAGGCGUUCUCAUUGACCCGGCAGACAGCCAAAUCCCACAUCGCAAUGAGCCAGCUCGGACACACCACCUUUGGUUAUAUUCCUGCCCCGAACCCGGAAGCUUCGCUGAUCUUACGCCGCUUGGAAAGAGCAUUAGGCUUUCCCCAAAAACCACCUUCUUGGCGGCAGCUCACGCUACUUGGACACAGCCACCUUCUUCCUCGCCUGCUAUGGGCCAAGCUGCGCAUUGCCUUCGAUAAGGUCAAGAUCGGGAUAGACAAGAUCACCAUUCUCGGUAAGACACACCAAGCUGGCAGCAGGCGAGAGAUGGGUUGCGAGAGAUGGGUUGCGCAGGGGCCUGUUGCUCAGCUCGAUCGUGCCGUGGCGAGUUGUGAUACCUGGGCGUGCUGCUGUUCUUGGCCACCUGGCUCCCUAGAUUGCUUGGGUCUCGGGCAUAGACAUGCUCCACUACAGUAUAGUGGGAUGAAGAUGGCUACCAUGUUUCCACGACAAGGCUUCAUCAAGCUGAGGUUGGGAGCCAAAAGCAGUAUUCAUGAGGUGAAGCGAAUUGAAGGCGUUGGGGGGUUUUAUUGGAAAUUUGAAGACGAUGGGGAUGCCGAAAGAAAUAGUGUCCCUUUCAUUCAGCUACAGCGGAAACGCCAAUUUCAAGCAACUUUGAUGGACCAUUACAAACUUGACGCGAGUGGCAGCGGCAGCGGAUUUUCGAGUCGUCGCAUCGAAGAAGAGUCGCUGCUGACUCAGCUCCGGGGCUCCUUCGAAGCGAACGAAAGGAACGCCGAAUACGCGGCUUACAUCCAGCAUGCAAUACCGCCAUCCACUUGCAAGCAUUGCAAUCACCAUCGCCAACUUUUCUCGCAUGCCGACGCUAUCCACACUACUCGUCAAAGUUGUAUCGGCCACAGCGCAACUCCGAUCCCACUGAAGCUGGUCAGAGACUACGCGAACAUCAUAGACCGCGGUAGCGCCGAUGGCAUACCUAGUAGCGAUGGAAUGCACUCGAACUCUACAGCUUCACAUAAAGCAAGGCACAACAACACAGCCUGUUCAACGAAGCAAAUGCGAAGCAAGCGCAUUAGAGGGUCGUACACUUUGAAAGAGGUGGUGACUGGCGCUGCUAUGCGGCCAACCAAGGCAGCAUAUUCCUAUUGCCCCGGAGAAGCUACGCCAAAAUAUCACAGGUCUCAUAAAACAGCGGAUGCUGACUGGGAUGUUCGGCCAGACUACGGUAUCCAUACUAGUCAAAAUCGCCAUUAUCUACGAAGGGCUGUAGAGACAUCGCCAUGCUUGCAAGUCAAACGAUGCAAUACCUCACUCCUCUGGCAUGUAGGUCAUGAUCUCAUGCGGAGGGUUUCAAUCGCGUAUCACAUGCUAGCAGGCCAGAGGUUAGAGAUGAGCAUCAAUAAUGUCGUUCGCAUGUGCGACAAGCCACGAAGUGACCACUGUGUCGCGUUGGGGUCUCUGCAAGUCCGAAGGUUCAAAAGACGAUCGCAAAUAGGCAGAUUCGAUAACCUUCUCCCACUUCAAAAGGGUAAUGUGGGAGAAUUGUGCCGCAGACUACAUGUCUAUAGAGAAGCAAUCUGCCUAUACUCCUUCCUUGGCAUACUAUAUCUCGUAACACUAGACACAUUUCUAAAUCGUGAAGAGAUUAUCACGCAAGCCGGCGAUCGAGGACCUAGUAUCACGAAUCUGUGCUUGAAACACACUUCCUCGUUGGCAUUGUCUACGGCGAUUAAGCGGCAUUUCAAGCCCUUACGUAGAACCCUGAGCUUCCACCUCCUGCCUGAGCGGCUUGAGAUUCUUGGCCGGAUUACCACCUCCGGUCCUAGGCCUGAGUCUGUCGCGACAUUCGCUAAGCAAGGAAUUAUUAACAUCAAUGGCGGCGUUUCCGUUUGCUUCAGUCCUAAGCUGGCUACUGAACAGAGCUGUACCGCUAUAAGUCGUGUGGUCGUCGAGGAUCUCUGUUGGCUAUGGCGGGGCAGACCUCCGGUCACUAGCGGAAUUGCUGAUGAACCGAUGGGCAAGCCGAUGAAGGCCUCUUGCAACGAUCCCAGCGGCCUCGCUGUGCUUAUGGGCGGCGUCUUCCUGAAACAGAUUCCUCGACAUCCUGCUUUUCGUUGCUGCCUAGGGUCGCCAGUCCUGAAUGCGCUGCGACAAGGUGGUAGGCCUGCUCUUUGUCGUCGCUAUGCUAAGGCCGGCAUUAUCAUACAUGUGCUCUUUGUCGGUGGCUGGUUACGCCCACUCUGUAUUCGAUACGAUGAAUGCAUAGGCAAGGUGUUCAAUGGCACCGUUCAGCUUUGUAUGUCGAGAAGAGAUCCGAAACAAGGCAAGACUUCCUCCUAUGAACCACAACCUCGGAUGCCCGGAGGAACGCCACAUCUGAGCACAACUUACCGCAUUGACAUCGCCUUCAGCAUCCAGGUUCUAUACGUCCUUGCAGCGAUUAGCUACCUUAUCGCCAAGCGUCUUGCGCACAGUCGUUCUCAUAUUAUCAAGUCCGGUCGUGAGCACGACCACGUCAGCCUCGAGCUCUCUUCCAUCAGCCAGAACAAGAGCAUUCCCAGAGAAGAGAAUCCUUUGAUGCCAUGUCGGCGCGUCGAACUGGCUUGCCAUGAAGAAACGCCUCUGGCCACUUCCGCUCCUGGCAUGGGUCUUUCAGGCAGGAAAUGCGCAUAUGAGCACAGUCGAGGAGGCGCGAUUUCUCGAUUUCUCCAGCUUGGUUGCGUUGCUAUGCGGCCAGCAUAUUUUCCGCGAUGUACGACCGGAUGCUCGACGCCCCGCAAGCAUCCCAUUGGAGUAGUCGUGAAGACGAAGUGGUCUGCUUGGUUCACGGAGAAGAUGUCGGCCAUCUGCUCAUUCAGUCAGUUCAGCUCAUUCCGCAGAGGGGAGCCUAGCUCUUCGACUUUCUGCUCGGGCUCGCUCGCUCUGUAUCCUUUGCGGCGCGCGCCUAUCGGCAUCGUCCUGCUCUUCGCCGCCGACAUUUCCGUUGUCCAAUACAGUCCAGCCCAGAUGUGGCUCCAAAAUGCUUUUUGUGCUAUCGAUGAUUGCGAGCUGUACAUUUUCCCAAGAGUCGUCGCGAUCGUCAAGUCGGCGGAGCGCCGCGACUUCGCAGUAUGCGAUGUCGUUACCCAGAUUCAGCGUUACCCUUCCUCGUGA